UUUCAAGGGUAGACGGUUUUCUUAAUAGUGGCCUUUAAUAGUAGUAGUAGCUACCUCACUAGAGCUACGUCUCUGCAUUUAUUCUACUUGGACACUUGGGUAUCUCUUACAACUUUUACAACUUAUACAACUUAUACCUUAUACCUCCAAAAUACCACGUUGGCCAAUUCCCAUGCUGAUCCUCCAAUAUCCAUGGGAGAAUUGUCCUUCGUUGUUUUUCAUAGAGUCUCCCAUACUUAAUAUCAUUUCUAGUUGUCUUUGAUAUACGAUACCAUUUUCUGUCGCAGUCACUUAGCGGGCUUUCGCAAGCCGCCAUUCGCUUGGUAUGAUGCUAUUCCAGUGGGCAACCCUCGGGUUGCUCUUUAUUCUGGCUCAGCUCGCAUUUUGCGCUGAAGACUUUUAUAAAAUUCUUGGGGUAGACCGUCAGGCGACAGAUAAGCAGAUCAAAACAGCAUAUCGACAAUUAAGCAAGAAAUAUCACCCGGACAAGAAUCCAGGCGACUCUACAGCUAAGGACAAGUUCGUCGAGGUCGCCGAGGCCUACGAGGCUCUAAUCGACCCGGAGUCCCGAAAGAUCUACGACCAGUACGGACAUGAUGGUCUAAAGCAGCGCAGCCAGGGGGGCGGACACCACCAUGAUCCGUUUGACUUGUUCAGCCGAUUCUUCGGUGGAGGUGGUCAUUACCAGAGGGGACAGCCGCGUGGUCACGACAUCGAGAUCAAGGUCGGAAUUUCCCUACGCGACUUCUACAACGGUCGGGAUACGGAGUUCCAGUGGGAGAAACAGCAGAUUUGCGAGGAGUGCGACGGGACGGGAUCGCAAGACGGUGUUGUAGACACGUGUCAUCACUGCGGCGGCCAUGGCGUGCGCAUUAUCAAGCACCAGCUAGCACCAGGCAUGUUCCAGCAGAUUCAGACUACUUGCGAUGCCUGCGGCGGCCGCGGCAAGACGAUCAAGCAUAAGUGCCCGGUCUGCGGCGGUAACAGGGUUAUCCGCAAGCCAACUACCGUUUCGCUUAAGAUUGAGCGGGGUGCUGCCCGAGAUGCUAAGAUUGUAUACGAGAACGAGGCCGAUGCGAGCCCCGAUUGGAUUGCUGGUGACCUCGUCGUUACGCUCACCGAGAAGGAGCCUGAUUUUGAGAACGAUAAUCCCGAUCAUGUGGACGGCGCUUUCUUCCGGCGCAAAGGCAACGACCUUUUCUGGCGAGAAGUCUUAUCUCUUCGGGAAGCCUGGAUGGGCGAGUGGACCCGCAACUUAACGCAUCUAGAUGGUCACGUUGUGAGGUUAAGCCGGAAGCGCGGCGAGGUCGUGCAGCCUGGCCAUGUUGAAACGGUGGAAGGCGAAGGGAUGCCUAUAUGGAGCGAGGACGGGGAUUCGGUAUACCACCAAACCCAAUUCGGCAAGCUGUAUGUCGAGUAUGUCGUAAUCCUACCGGACCAGAUGGAGUCCGGGAUGGAAAAGGACUUCUGGUCCGUGUUCCAGAAAUGGAGAGGCAAGGUCGGUGUGGACCUACAAAAAGAUAGCGGCAGACCGGAAGGCGCCAUACCUAUAAAGGAAGAAAAGGACGAGCUGUAAUGAUACCUAUAGAAUAUAGAGAGAUGAAUCAUGUGAAAAUAUUACACAUAUAAGACGCUAAUAUGCUUACAGUCUCUGCACUGUGUAUGUCUUGUCUUGUCGUGUCGUGUCGUGGGUGCGUGGGUGCGAUGG